CCUGCUCACCGCCCAAUCGCCGCGGGCCCGCCGAGCCCCGGGGGGCUGGGGCCGCCGCCGCCGCCGCCGCCGCCGGAACGUGCCGCGGCUGCGCUGACGCGCGAGCGCCGGGCAGGGCGGCGGGCGCGCUCAGUCUGGUGGCGGCGGCGGCCGUGCGCGGACGGACGUUGCCGGAGCGCCGCAGCCGCCCGCUCCGCCAGCAGACGAGCCGAGCCGCGCCGCGUUGCCGGCGCCCGCUCGCCCACCCGCCCGCCCGCCAUGGUGUCAUGGAUCAUCUCCAGGCUAGUGGUGCUUAUAUUUGGCACUCUUUACCCUGCAUAUUAUUCCUACAAGGCUGUGAAAUCGAAGGACAUUAAAGAAUAUGUCAAAUGGAUGAUGUACUGGAUUAUAUUUGCACUUUUUACCACAGCAGAGACAUUCACCGACAUCUUCCUUUGUUGGUUUCCAUUCUAUUAUGAACUAAAAAUAGCCUUUGUAGCCUGGCUGCUGUCUCCCUACACAAAAGGCUCCAGCCUCCUAUACAGGAAGUUUGUACAUCCCACGCUGUCUUCAAAAGAAAAGGAAAUUGACGAUUGCCUGGUCCAAGCAAAAGACCGAAGUUACGAUGCCCUUGUGCACUUUGGGAAGCGGGGCUUGAAUGUGGCGGCCACAGCGGCAGUGAUGGCUGCUUCCAAGGUGGCUCGACUCUUUCAUUUGGUCUCCUCUAUGGACCUCAGAGAAGGGCAGGUAACCCUGUUGAGAGGUGUGACUAACUCCAAACAGAUCCAGUCGGGUGGAGAGGCCAGCAGCCCCCUCCACCCACCAGCCCAUGGUCUGGAUCCAAGCCAGGGGCAGGGUGCCUUAUCAGAGAGACUUCGCAGCUUCAGCAUGCAGGACCUCACCACCAUCAGGGGUGACGGUGCCCCUGCUCCCUCCAGCACCCCCACACCGGGGUCCGGGCGAGCCACCGGCAAACACGGCCAGCCCAAGAUGUCCAGGAGCGCUUCUGAGAGUGCUAGCAGCUCAGUGUGUACCUGCUGCUCCACCUGCAGGACCCGGAAAGUGUUCCAGACGAGUGUGCUCUUCUGCAACACGUUUGCUGACUUCCAUUAAUGGCACCUGCUAAUGUGUGCUGUGUGGGAUGUGUUCGCUAACCUGGGGGUUGUUUGGCACUAUGGGAGCGGGGUGGGGCGGGGGGUGUGGGGAGAAGGGCCUCCGGCUCAGUGCAGAUGCAUCUACUCUGGUCUCCAAGUGUUCUUCCUCCCUGCCUGCCCCACAGAGAUAAGAGGUGGGGCCGCUCCCCACCUUCUCAGUCCGGCUGACACAUUUGCUAAUAUGGAAUGUCGUGAGACUAGGGCAGACAGCAGGGGCUCCUGCACUUCCCUCUAGGCCACCCAGCCUUGGGCAAUAGGACAGCCGCUCUGCUGGCUCAGGUCCUUGGCCGCCAUCACCUGAGGUUUGGACAUGGUGGCUGUGGCCAUGAACUUGCAUGAGAGUCACUUUCCCCACCCAGAGGUCGUCUCUGGAAGUGAUCAGACUAUUAAGGAGUGGAUAGCAUCAGCACAGGGAAAGCCCUGGGCCAAGAUUUGGAGGGAACAGAGGCACGGAUUCAAACCAGUCCCCACGCCCACUUCCAGGAUGCAGUUUGGCACUGGGGCUGAACUGGCCAGGCUGCGUCUGUGGUUUCUGCCCUAGUCCAAGGACUUCAUGCUCUAGGAAGUCCUGUUUCUUUUCCCUCCCAUCAGACAAGGGCUAUCUGUGUCCAGAAGGAAUUUCUCUGUGAUAGUGUCAAGGUCUGACUUGAGAUGAGAUGAGGCUCCCAGAUGACUUCCUGAUUCCACCUAGGGUGGAACCAGAGGAUAACCUAAACCCACCCACCCCACCCCCCGGGUUGGGGGAUGCACAGAGCAAAAAACUCAAAGGAAGAUUAAUGAUCGAAAUCUUGGCCCUUACCAAAGCCAUUCCUAGCCUACAGGUCUACUUUGCAACUGGCAGUUAAGACAACUAGCUCUCAUGCUGCCUCCUGAUGGCUGUUGGGGAGUACAGCAGCAGUGCCUGGAAAACCUGGUCAAGGUUAGGGUCUGUUGUUAUUUUUGCUUAACCCACACCUGGUUAAGUUGGGUGCUGUGUUAUAGUCUAGUGAGUCCCCUGUUGAUGGGGAGAACACAUCUGGGGGCUCACUGUGUUUUUAGGAGCAGUAGCAGGGCGUUCCAGAAGGAGUUCGGUUUUCUUUGCGCAGGCCAUGGGGUGGUUGACCGGAUUACCUGAGGGCCCCCUACUCUACAGUCUGUGUUUCUAAGUAAAAACAACAUAUGGAUUGUAAAAAGCUAUCUCUUUGCGUGUCAGAUAAGCUGGGUAUGUGCUGACCACCUGGCCAGAUGACAUGGAAUAUGUUUAAGAAUUGAACAUUCUAAAAAAACACUACGCAUUCAAUGACAUGAAUUAAUUCUGGAAUUUUACUUGUGGAUUUAAUCAAGGUAGACUAAAACAGGAAUCUUGCUGUCUUGUGUGUGUGGGGGAGAGUAUUCCUCCAUUUUCUUUCCACUGGGCAUCUUUGCUUCUCUGGGACUUGGCCUUUGAAAGGAAAACAAUCGAUGUAACUUUGCUUAAGGUUCUCCCUGAAGGCUUCCUGGUAUUUGACAUCCUGUCUCAAAGAAGGCUCGGAGCUGAACAUGCAAGUAUAAUGCACUGUGAACACAGCUUGUCCGUGGACUAGAGGAAGCCGCCAGGCCCCUCUACCAUCACGGCAUUUAUCCAUUCUAGAGGACAUUCUUUCCCUGAGCACCCUUUGGUGUGACGUCAUAGGUCUCAGCGGCAGGGUUUGACACCUCUUGGCUAAGGCAGUGUUUUCCUUCUGUCAGGGCAGCAAUGCCCCCACGUUCCUUGGCAGCUUAUCCAGUAGGUUCUGAAACCUCUGCUUCUUCCUGUGCAUGGUGCCUGCCAGUUUCUAGCGGCACGCUCACAGCCCAGGACCGCCCUGCAGGGAGGCCCAGAGGAUGCGGGCUCCUGCUUCACACACCGGGGACCUUGGCUGUCCUAACAGGCUUGUUGUGUGAUAUACCUAACCUUGACCUUGCCUGCCCUUCCUCGCUCUUUUCUACACUGAUCCCUCCCUGCUGUACUUUGUCUCCUUUGUGUAGAUUGUAAAUGGACAUUAAGUGGUUGAGGGAGAUGUGAAUGAGGGUGGUGUGAAGGCUUGGGACCCCCACCAGGUCCAAAACCCACUGGCAUUUUCGGACGAGGA